UUUUGGGAUAAUUGCAGAGUUGGUGCGCAUGCGCUUGAAUUAAAAACGUCUGCUGCAGCACCACAGCUGAGCUAUAAUUAUGGAGGUACACCCCUAGCCGUACGUUUUCGGUGGACUUACCCAAAAUAGUUUCAACCCUGAAGGAAAACAUGAAUAAUGUUUGGUGUUUGGAAAUUUCACGGUCAGCACUGUUUUUCAUAAUAACGACGUAAAAUGCAGGUUAUUUAUUGAGAACGGUGAUACUGCUAACGUAAAUCAUGAAAGCCCAUGACAGAAAUGACGCUACAAAAUGAGCUUUUCGUCUCGCACCAUCGUCUGCGAAGAAGUGUUUGAUGAAAAUAGUGCUCCGCUUGAAGAAGAAGUGAAGGAGUAUGCGUGCAGGAUCGGCAUUGACCCGGACUCGGAGCCCCACCUGCUGCACUACGCCAGGGAAGGGCUCAUGCAGGCGCUGCCCGCCCAGUGGAAGCCUUGUUUUGACAAGAAUGUGCAAGCAUGGUACUACUUCAACUCGGCGACGCGGCAGUCGCAGUGGGAGCACCCCCUGGAUGGCGUGUACCGCUCGCUCGUCAAGAAGGCCCGCUCGGAGAGCAUCAGCUCCGCAGGCGAAGAUGACUCGAAGACUUCUGCGAAGGAAGAAUUGAAGAGUUACGAAGAGCCAGCAGAUCCGUCCGUGGACGCCACCUCCAGGACCAUGGACAGUUCGAAGUCAAUGAGUCUGAGGAAAGCUAAUAUUCAGUUGAACCCGUUGAAGAAGUUCUCCCCGACGGAGCCGGCGUCCAGGCGGGGCCGGCUCCCGGGGGACGACGCCAGCGCGCCCGCGCCCCCCCGGGUGGACCUGACGGUGAGCACGGCCGCCCUCUUCGAGGCGGAGCUGCGGCCCAAGAAGGAGAUCCCCAGCCCCACGGCGCGCAUCGACAUCGACAAGAUGACGGUGGUGGACGCGGGCGCCCGGCGCGACAAGCUGCAGUCGGCGCAGGAGAAGCACCCGCGGGGCAUGACGGGCCGCGGGGAGCUCACUCUCACGGGGGGCGGGUCCAUCUUCCUGAAGUCGCGGGACCGGCCGGAGCCGCAGUCGCCCGGCCAGGCGCCGGCCCCCACGCCCGCCGAGGAGGGGGACGGGCAGCCCAGCAUCGAGGUGGUGUGCUCCCAGGACGGCGGCGACAUGCCCAAGGGCAUCCUGCGCGACCAGAAGUCGGCCCCCGCGCGCCCGCUCUGGGACGUCGACCCGCACCUCAUGUCUGCGGAGGAGAAGCAGAUGUGGCGUCGUCAGGAGCUGGAGGAGGAACGCAAGAGCGUGCGCUUCAACCUGGACAAGGCCCUCGACAUCCACUUCACCGUGUCAGAGUCCGACCGCUCCGACCGCUCCGACCAGGAGGCGGCGGACGAGGUCGGGGACGAGGACUGGAUCUCGGACGACGAGGACCUCGCGCAAGGGCGCGCCACCUCGGGCGCCAGGGCCGCAGUACCAGUCCGGGAUGCGUCCGAUGGCUCUGACCGUGACGAAAUGUCCCCGAAAAUUAUUGACAGCAUCUUCCCUUCAGACGACCAGGUAGACACUCAGAUGUCGAGGGAGAGGUCUGGGAAGGAGAGAGCGGGCUCGCUCUUCCACAAGGUCGGUGGUGUGGUUGGGUCGAAGGGCGCCGGCAAGCUGUCGGAGCUGUACUUCCCGAAGGAAGGGCUGAAGAGCAAGGUCGCCCUAAACAUGUUCGACGAGGCGUCGCGCCUGUCGGACGAGAGCGCGGAGGACAGGGGCAGGGAGGGCUCGGACUCGGGGGUGGGCAGGCUGACGUACGAGGACACCCCCGGGGGGGAAGGGGGGGACCCCGGGGCGAAGGCGGGCGCGGACGGACUUCGGGACGAACCCCUGACUCCACAGUGUGCCGGGAAGGACCCGAAUCAGGACCUGGACGACGUGGCGGAGGCUUUGCUGUCGCAGAAAGAGAAGAUGGCGCGAGAGCUGUCGGAGUCGUUGAAGCAACUGGAGAUGGAGCAUGAGGGGCGCAGGGAGGCGGCGAGGUCGGCGCUGGCGCUCAGCGAGCAGCAGGACAAGCAGCAGCUGCUGGCUCAGAUGGAGCAGCGGCUCGCGCUCUUCCGCAGCAGCGUGCAGACCCAGCAGGAGGCCCGGGAGACCGGCCUGAGGGAGAAGAUGGAAGCGGCUUGCGAGAGCGUGCGGGCGGAGCUGGCGACGGACCACCAGCGGCAGAUGGAGCGGCUGCGCUCCGAGUACGAGCAGCGACUGGGGCAGGAGCGGGCAGCUCUCCAGGAGCAACUAGCGGAGAUGGAGCGGGAGCUGGCCAGCAGGCGGGACGCUCUGGACCGCGAGCUGGCGGAGCUGGCGACGGACCACCAGCGGCAGAUGGAGCGGCUGCGCUCCGAGUACGAGCAGCGACUGGGGCAGGAGCGGGCAGCUCUCCAGGAGCAACUAGCGGAGAUGGAGCGGGAGCUGGCCAGCAGGCGGGACGCUCUGGACCGCGAGCUGGCGGAGCUGGAAGCUGUUAGCGCAGAGCAGCUGCGGGCGGCCUCGAGGCGGCUGGAGGAGGAGAGCGCGCGGAGACUGGCUGAGGCGAGGGGGGAGCUGGAGGCCGCGCGCCAGGCACGGCUCCAGGAGCUGAGCGCGGCGCUGGCCGCCGACCUGGAAGCCAAGAGGGCAGAGCUCGCCGCGGCGCACCAGCAGGAGCUGGAGGGCCUGCGGGCGAGCCACGAGGCGGCGGAGCGGGGGCUGCGAGAGGAGCACGUGGUGUCCCUGGAGACCCUGCGCUGCCAGCUGCACCAGGAGGAGGAGGGCAUGAGGCGGGAGCUGGAGGAGCAGCGGGCGCGGCUGGUGCGGGAGCUGGAGGCGGAGCGGGCGCGGGGCCGCACCACCGAGCUCAUAGACAACCAGCCGGACCAGGUCGACAACUGCAGGAUGUUUGAAAAGUUGCGUUGUGAGAAGCGGCUUUUGGAAGACAAGUACCGCUCGCUGAAGGAGAAGUACAUAAGACUGAAGACUGACGUGAAGAUCUCGAUAGAGCGUCGCAAGAAGCGAGACGGGGGGGCCACCACUGGCUCGGAGACGGAUCGCUCGACCUCGCACAAGACUGGCAGAUCGUCCGAGGCAGAAAGGCUGGGCUGCGACAAGCGCGCGAAGAAGCUCUCGCCCGACGGCCUCGCGCUGAUCGACAACAACAACGGCGCUCAGCACGCCACCGGCGCGGACGACCGGCAGCCCACCAUCGCGCCCGAGCCAAAAAACUUGCAUGGCCAGCUGUCGCCUGAGGCUCCCGCAGGCGACAGCGACAACAAGUCAUCUACGUCGUCCAACUACGAGGUCACGCCGCCCAGGUCCAGAGGUAGAUCCGGUGAUGGUAACGCAAACAACCGGCGGCGGCGCCAGCUGUUUGGGCGCCCGCGGCCGUGCUCUGCUGCGACCCGCCCUGGCAUCACCAACAACAGCAACAACGCCAACAACAACGACGGCGGCAGCGUGGACGACCUGGAGGAGGGCUACUCGCCGCUGCUGUCGCCUGUCGAGAACCUGCGGAGGCAGCUGCAGAAGCUAGAGGACCUGGAGGACCAGUUCCCGGCCUCCACGCACACCGACACCUACCUCCGCUACCCGUUCACCGACACUGGGCAGUUUGGCAGCUCGGAGAUGGAGUUCUUCCGGCACCGCAUCCACCUGGAGCGGGACUCUGUGCGCCGGGCCAAGGACUUCCUGCGCGUGCAGCGCGGCAACUUCCUGUCGCGACAGCGCGAGCUGAAGGAGCGCGGGGGCACGCCCGCCCGCAACAUGCUGGACCGGCUCUACCAGGAGGAGAAGGAGCUGACGGACAUGGAGGUGUCGCUGCACCGCACACGCGGCCUGCUGGGGGAGAAGAUCAUCCGGCUGCGACACCUGGAGCAGUCGCUGUACCGCGCCGCGGAGCAGGCAUGCCCCGGCCAGCGUGGCUCUGAGGACCUGACCCUCUCUGACCUGUCCUCGCACAGCGGCAGCUCGGGCUUCAGCAGCACGGAGCUGGGCACUGACGCAGACCGGGUCCCGCUGCCCCGCGAGGACCACUACCAGGAGUCCUCGGAGAUCGUCCAGAGCCUGGAGAACCUCAACUCGGAGAUCCGGGAGAUCUGGGAGGUGCUGCACAAGCAGCAGGAGGGAGCCAGCGUGAAACCAGUGGUGACGUGCGGGGACCUGGCCUGGCCCACGCUGCUGGUGGCCGCUCCCACCCUCUCGGAGCGCGUCUCCGCCCUCAGGCAGCAGGCGCAGCAGAACCUGGCCGCCAUGGGCCGCUUCCCGCCAGCCCCGCGCCCCGCCACGGACCCCGCGCUGGCCGAGCGCGCCCGCUCCCUGCGCCAGUGGCUGCGGCACGCGCGGCUCGACUCUGCCCAGCUCUAGGCCCGAGACGCACGGCUCGACUCUGCCCAGCUCUAGGCCCGAGACGCGCGGCUCCACUCUGCCCAGCUCUAGGCCCUAGACGCGCGGCUACGCUCUGUCCAGCUCUAGGCCCGAGACGCACGGCUCCACUCUGCCCAGCUCUUGGCCCGAGACGCGCGGCUCCACUCUGCCCAGCUCUAGGCCCGAGACGCACGGCUCCACUCUGCCCAGCUCUAGGCCCGAGACGCGCGGCUCGACUCUGCCCAGCUCUAAGCCCGAGACGCGCGGCUCCACUCUGCCCAGCUCUAGGCCCGAGACGCACUGUUCCACUCUGCCCAGCUCUAGGCCCAAGACGCGCGGCUCCGCUCUGCCCAGCUCUUGGCCCGAGACGCGCGGCUCCACUCUGCCCGGCUCUAGGCCCGAGACGCGCGGCUCCGCUAUGCCCAGCUCUAGGCCCGAGACGCGCUGCUCGACACUGUCCAGCUCUAGGCCCGAGACGCGCGGCAGCCCUCUGCUUCGACCUGUGGUGUCUGGCAGUCUUAUAGUGCGGAAAUGGGAAGUCAUGAAACUUCAAUUACCAGCAGCCCUUUACUGGCUUGCAUUUAGCUUUUCUGAUGUCCUGUUUCUUUUUAUAGUUUCACAUUAAAUAUAAAUAUUAUGAGACUGUACACAACAACCAUAUCCAAAUUAUUGCUUAAAAUAAAAGUUUUAAUGCUCUAGCACAAAAUUCUGCACAUACCUACAAAUAAUACACCAAUUUUUAUUAAUUUAUUUAUAUCAUAUAAGGUCCAUAAAUGGUUCACCAGGUAAUUGUAACACCCUGAUUUAGUUCGCUCUUACAGAGAAAUCUCAUUACAACUUAUCCGGAAGAAAUCCUGAAGUUGCUGUGCAUAAUAAAUGAAGUACUUAUUCUGAAUUAUUCUUAAAUUUUGACGCACUUGUUUGGAUUUGAACACAUACAUUUUAAUAGUCAGGUAUUUGUGAUGAGGUUUCACUGUAUGUGCAAUACACAGGUAACCAUUAAUUCUAAGUUAUGUCUUAUGUGAACUACAAUUGACAUUAAAUCAUUUAAAUUUUUGGAAUAAAAUUUAAAGUUAAAAAAAAUUUUUUUUCGUCUAUUGGUUAUAAGGGUAAGUAAUAGUUAGGGAUGUGCAAAGGCCAUUUUUUCAACUUAAAUCAAAGAUCUAAUCUUCAGUGAAGUCAAAGUUAGUAUUACUUGUAUGUUUGGCUACAUUAAGACGUUUCUGUUAGGUAUAUGUUUUAAGUAUACAACAGCUAAUAAGUAAUAAACAUAACAAUUAUUAAAUCUUAUACGAAGAAUCUACACUCUAUCUGUCUCUCUUUCUUUUGCUUCAUGUGUGUUCAGCUUAAAUUAAUUGUUCAAUUUGAACAUUUGAGCACUGGAAAUAGUUGUAUUCUUCUAUGCAUAUAUUGUGAUACAGCAAGGCGAUUGUAACGAACCCUUAGUAGGAUGACUAAACUUGUUGUCGUGCAAGGAUUUGUAGUGCUCUGUCCCUCUUGGACAAUGCACGUGGUCGGGAGAGUGAGACAAACAGAGGGGAGCGACAUUCGUCCGUACAUUAUCAACUUUUCCUGUUGCCGGGUCGAAUAAAACUAAUUGUGUAGGUGAUCAAACGAAAAGGCGAGGCUAAAGCAAGAGUAUAUCGUGUGAGUAUAGCAUCCAGAAGUAAUUGGUUGUAUUUUUUUUUUGUUUAACUUAAGUUUGGGGGGAAAAGAAGAUACGUACACUCUGUUCACAAUAAAGUGAGUCAUUUUCGACCCGAUCCAACUGGUAUCGCUGUCUUAACGCUGUUGCUCUUAGCUGGGCAAAGUACUUUGAAAUGUACCUAUGCCUAUAGGUUGGGCCAAACAGAUUUUUUUUUUAAGAUAAAAGUUUUAACCAUCAUAAUAUAAAUAAUAGACCUGAGGUGUUUUAUUAUAUACAUGUGUAUAGGUAAUGUGGGUCCAGUCAUUAAAUAUAGUGUAUUAUUAUUAUUAUUAUUAUUAAUGGCUGUGUAUGCAUCUCACGACCUUUGUGACGAAUGAUUAUGAUUGGUAUUAAAGGAGGUGAUUGAAUCACGUGUUGAUGAGCUGACAGUCGCGACAUCCCUUCGUAUUAUAUUAUACCUGCAAAGGCCUGCUCCCGGCACGCAGUGAUAUCGCUGGCUUCGGCAGGCCACCGUUCUCGGCACUUCUCUGUCACCAGUUCCACAUAGAUAACGGGUGAUGUAGCUCGGUAAAAUAAUUAUUAAUUUCACCUUGCAUGUGCCACACUUUCUCGUAGACACUUUGGCUUCACUUGCUGAUACCACCAGUCAGCCCUUGAAUUAACUUUUGAGUCAUGUGUGAACGAUUGAAAAUAUUAUGUUAAGUGCUUUGCUGCGUGGAGAUAUUGUACAUUGUCCUUCUCCAUAAGAAAACUAGCUUUAUUUAUUGUGUUCGUUGAAUUUUGUAUGGUUACUUGCAAACAAACAAGUCUUCCCAGUCUUCUGCUCAUGUUAUGUUGAAUUUAGGUUCUAGUUAUCACUGAAAAUGUGUGUUGUGUGGUUUUCUGCGAGAAAGUUACUGUGACAAUAUUUGGUAAUUUUUCUCUUUGUGUGAAACUGUAAAGCAUUUAAGGUGACUUGUCGCCUAAAUGUUUCCUUAAUAAUUUCUAGUUGAAGCCAACCUAUCUCCUUCAUACUACUGUUCUAGUUUAAUAUUGUGGAGUGGGAAUCCUAACAGACAGUAGCCAGCUGAGGCCUUGAAGUGUAACUUUCCAACAUUUCCAGUGAAUACUGUUACCAGGCGACUAAACUUUGAAAGGAAAUAUUUGAGUCGCAACAGCUAAUUGAAGUUAAAACCACAUACAAUACAAUAACUACAUGUCCAUGAGGCACUAACUGAUUCUACUUUCACUAACCCUUAACCAUCGUUAUAUAGCGGAAUAUUAAAAAACAAAUAAUUUUAUAAUGCUCAAGUGUGAAACAAUCUCUUUUAAUUUACUUUCAUUUAUUGUUCAUUUUUUUUUUUUUUUUACAGAAAAGAAAUUCUAGUGCACUAAGUAGCACAUUUAUUUAUAUAUAUAAAUGUGGUGAGAUGCUUGUGAGAAUUUUUUUAUUCCCCAUUGACUCAUUGUUUUGUACUCUAAAUGCCCAAGGAUUGCAUGAAGGGGAGACCACUCAGCAUUGCUGAUGUGUUAUGUCUUUACUAUCUGUAAAGACUGCUUCGCUGCCGCUAAGCUGUUUGGGGAAAACAAUGGCUGAGUGAUAACCAUCAAAUCUGUUGAUGGUUGGUAGUUUUAAAACUGAAAAAUAGAUUUAAAAGCUACUCGUAUUUUAAAGAAUAAAAUUGAAACUGUUUGUUUGCUGUGGUAUAUAGUCAUAGGAGGAGGCUGUUUGUUUGCACGGAGUAAAGUGGCAGUUCAGGGCCUCGGCUCGUUUGUCGUGUCAGGAGAUUGUGCACACUCGAGUCUAGUUCUCCGUGUGGCCGUGUGCUUAUUCCAGUGUGAGAACUAUCAACUACCGACAAUACGAGAUUACCUUUUGUAAAGUUACAUUUGUUUGAAGCUUUUCAAUAUUGCACUCACAGUAUAUUGUAUUUAAAAUUUAACCUUAAACUUAUUUUCUCAAUAUACAUCAAAGAUAAAAAAAUUUAGGACUCUAAUAUGCUCUGUCUGCAAGGGUAUAGGUAAACCAGUCCAUUAACAUGAAAACUAAGAUUUUAAGUACUGGUGCUGUAACUAUCAAACCGACAUACCAAAAUUGUGAGACAUUCGAAAUGGUUUUCAAUUCAUUGCUCUAGAUCCGUGGUGUCAGAACAAGACUUAGCACGGUCUGGUGACUGAUCGUAGCUAUAGCGUCGGCCGACAAAGUUAUGGCCGCUUGCCUAUUUGUUUGAAAAAAGUACCGUGUGUUUAGCUAGCUGACGUGAUUAUUUAGUAAUAAGUUUUUGUGAACUGUACCUGUUGGUGAGGAAAAAAAUUACAUGUGUCAAAUUAAUUAUUGUUUGUUGUGUCUAGGAGUUUAGUUGAGGUUCCAGUUGUUUUUCGCUGGUAGAAUCUCAGCCCUCCACUUACAACUGCGUCGUCUCGUGUUUAUAUAUUGUGACGUGCACAAGUAAAUACAUCCAACUUCGAAAGUAACAUUCUUCACUUAGAGCUGGUUUGAAGUAUAACAACUGCUACGUUGUGGUCUGCCCAGUUCGUAGCACAGUUUAUUUCAUGUGAACAUUUUGUUAGCAAAUAUAUAAUUACUGGUUAAAUUUGCAUGUGCGUAAAUAAUAGCUGUGGUGGCAAACGUUACAAGUUUUCAAAAAUAAAAUAAUGUAUAAUGUUGUGAUCAGUGCAUGUGUUUAACUUCCAUAAGCAGUACCGUAUUACAUAGUUAAUUUAAAUUUUUUUUACCAUAAAAAAUUGUAACAUUUUAGGCGCCUAUCAAUUUAUUAUCCUGGAACAAGAUUACUUCAAGAGGCAGAUAUUUUUGCUUUCAUGAGUAUUUUACCUAAAUAUUGCAUGUUGUGUGCCAUAAAAUAGGGUAAAUAGAAACUGUCUGCCCUAAGAAUCAUUAUGCAUAUCUUUAGUUUAGAUUGUUAUAUUUUGUAAGUUAUUUAUCUUUAUUAUUUAGAGUGAAUUUAAGAUUCUUGAGCAGACUGUUUAUAUUCACCCUUUUGUUUAUAUUUGCCCCGUUUGACGGUACUGUUCAGUCGCACAAUUUUGAAGUCGAUUUGUGUUAUGAUCUCAAGAGUUCAUAUUUUUUGCUGUCAAAUAGUUUUUUUUUUUUUUUCUUGUGUCUUGGUAGAAAAUAUAAGAAAGAUUGCAGACAGCUGUUUUAUAGAUCUUCCUAUCCUUCACUUUUUUGUCUCAACUCCACUCGUUUAGGUGAUAAAAUCUGUAAGUAGCUUUUAGCAGUUGAUUCUAACAUGUGUGUUUGUACAAGAAUGUGAAGUAUUAAUGUUCAAAUGGGACUGCAAUCAAUUUUAUCACAGUAUACUAAAUAUAAGCUUUAAAAACACAUCUUGAUGACUUCUGUAAAUAACAAAUGAUAAAUAGGGUAGCAAUUUCCGAUCAUUUAACAACUUGCACACAUUUUUGAAAAUAUCUUCAAUAUUCUUAAAAAUAUAACAUUUUACUGUUAUCAUUUCUAGCGAUGUGAAAAUGUUGUGGCGUUGACUGGAUAUAUGCUCUUGAGGUAGUAAAACCGAUAUCUUGCCGGUAACAAAGUGCUGACAACUUUGUCAUUGCACUGUAUUCGACUAGUCAUUUGUAUCUCCAGUUGUGAGUUGACAAUGUUCCUCAUGUUAUAAUUCCAAUGUUAAUUGAUUCACAGCUGUAUAUUUUAACUUGCUGUAUUAUACUGUGUAAGCAUGUGUACGUCUUAGGGUACUCCUCACUGGGAUCGUGAGAAGGUUGUAGAGGAUGCAGUCCGCUGAAACGCGAACUUGCGGACGAUGGGUGCUCGUGCGAACGUUGUUCCCGUGACGGAGUGAGACGUCGUACAGUGCCGAGACUGUCUCGAGUCUCCUGCAACGCACCAGCCUGCGGUAGUCGUAGUUGCCCAGUCGUCCUGACACUUCCCGUCCACUCGACUGCCCGCGAGGUGUCUGCUCGUCUGCCGACACCUGGUUGUGUCCCUUGAGCUCUUACGAGUGCGUAAUGCACGAAUUACUAUGUAAUUGUGGAAGUUAAUACGAGACACAUGUUGACCCCUCAUCUUGCAUUUGUACAUGAAACUGAAACAAGGCAUUACUUCUAUUACUAUUUAAAGUGCACUUGAAUCCUUAGGAUUGUACGUGAUGUAAAAAAAAGUUAACUUUGUAUUGCCAUAUUUGUUAUGAAAUUUAUUUUUUUUUUGAUUAUGAGAAAGCAUGUUGAAGGAUGAUUACGGCAGUAUAAUACAGGCACCGAUAAUAAUAUAAUUACGAAAUAAUGAACAAAAAAUUUUUUUUCAAUCUUUGUAAAUAAUCGUGAUUGAAGUACAUUCUGAAAAAUGUAAUUUAACUUUUUAAAGCAUUAUUUUUGUAAGUUUUUAUUUAUAAAUGCUUUAACUUUAAUGGUGCCUUUUAAUUUUAUGUGCUGUUAGACUUCAUUUUUACAUGCUGUUAGAUAAUAUUCAGUAUUAAUAAUUGGUUUCAUCCAACGAAGUGGGACAAUCAGUAGCUGAAUGCAUAUGAAUAUGGGUGCAUGUUUAACAGCAAGGAUGCAUACAUAUCGAUCCGUGUUAAGUUCGGCGUGGAACAUCAGCAACCAAUCAGUCUGCAGACACCUCGCUGCAGCCCCUGUAACUACACCAGUCGCUUUGUUCUUGCGUGUAGUACGUAUCUUAAAUCCUGACUGCGUUCUUGUGCUCUCACAUUUCUUCCAUUGUCCUAGCCACAAGAGCAUAGCGACAUCCUCUCUCAUACUCUCGUAUUGUACUUGGUCUUAUCGCUGUGAUAUAGUUAUUGUAAAAACGUUCUAGAUUGUGAUGCAGUUUGCAAACCCAUUCUUAUUGAGUUUGUUCUUUUUGUAGUUAUUUAUCUUGUAUAUUAUGAUUAAACUUAUUUAAUUUAAACUAGCAUUUGGUUUUAUUGUAGUUCUUUGCAACUAAUGUGUUUUGCAGCAGUCAUGAG